ACCGAUCCAUUUUCCUCUUCUUUUUUUGUUAGUUUUAUUUUGGUUUUUCGUUUGAAUGGAGGGUUUUCUUAAAUUUCUAGUUUUGAGUGUGGAUUCUGUGGAAUCUAGUGAAGGGUCAUUUUGGAGUUUGGAUUUGUCUAUGUAGUAAGGAUUAAGGAAUUUAUGUUAAGCUUCAGGUGCCAUGUGAGAUGUGUCAUGUCUUUUAACUUUGUUCUGUGACGUGGCUGCUGUAGAUUGGGUUAUUGGUGUUGGGAAAUGAAAAAUGUGAAGGAAAUGAUUCUCACUAAGCAGUAUCGAUGUGUACAUUCAGCUAGCUGUCAAUGCACCAAGGGACAUUUAAGUGAAGAUGUGAUAUUCUUGGUGUUUCAGCAUUUGAAUUGGAACCCCAAUCUAAUUGCUACUCUGUCAUGUGCAUGCAAAUGGUUUGAUGAUAUUGCUAAGAGAGUUUUAUGGAAAGAGUUUUGUAGAACAAGAGCUCCUAAGAUGAUGCUUGAUCUGCAAUCCAGUGGAAGCCACAGUGCAGAUGGGAACUGGAGGGCUCUGGGGAAGCUUCUCAUAUUCUGUUCUGGUUGCACACAAGGUGGUUUGUUCGAUAAUGUUGAGGUUCCUGGUCAUUUUGUUAACAAGACAAGGUUUUCUAAAACAUUAGGAAAGAGCUUUCUCAUGCCACAGUGUCUGAAUGAUGUUUUGUAUGUGUCUGAGCCUUGUGAGCAUAUUGACCAAGGUGAAGCUGGUGAUUUAGGAUUCUUCAGAGGAAUUUUCAAGUCGUUUGCAUCAUCAAACGUUAAGAAGAUGAUAGUUAACAGAGGUGCACAGCUCCAUCCAAAUGAGAUUUGCCCCUAUUGUAAGGCAAAAUUGUGGAGCAUGCUGCAGGCCAAUAUGAUUCCACAAAGUGCUAAGUGCAGGUUGGGUUCCCAUAAAGAUUAUAUUGAGUAUUAUGUCUGCCUAAAUGGUCACUUGCUUGGGGUCUGCACAUUGUUACCACUGUCUGAUUCAGAGGAUGUAUCUGAAAAUGAGUAAGAUAUUAAUGAUUCUCAGAUUGGAAUUCAAUCUUAACAUGAAAUUUGGUUGAGCGCAGUACUGUUUGCUCAAGGGUGAAAUUGUGCUCAGCAACAGCUAUAAGUCCCAUUUUGAUUCAAACCUCUCUACAUUGCAUUAUUAUGCUUCAUGUUGCUGUCUCAACUCAUGCCAGCAUUUUACACUGAUUAUAAAUAUUGCCAACAUUUAUUUUAAUAAAUCAAAUAGAAGGUGGUUCUUUACUUAGAACUAUGUGGUACACUGUGAAUUGAUUUGUAGGUUUCUGACCUGGGUGUGCAAUAGUUAAUACUUCUUAAGAGUCAUUUUGAUUUAGUAGCAUUUUCUAAUUUCAGAUUCAUUUGAAGAGAAUUUUUGAGCUCCA